CUUACGGGUUAGGCAGAGCCAAUUGUGAAUAGAUUUCCUUUAAUCUCACAUUAGGUAACUCAAUUUAUUAAAACAGUACAUCAUAUCAGUCGCUAAGUGUUUUCAUAGUCCAUCGUUUCAUUAUCUUUGUUUGAAUGUCUUGCCAACAUGCUUAGUGCCUGUGCCUUGAGUAUAUUGUCCAUUUCUUUAUUUUUAUGGAUUUAUUAAAAGAAAUUAAACAUCGCCAAAACGAUAUAUUUUAUUUAUCUGGCGAAAUAAAUAUUUUAGUCGACGAAAAUAGCACGUUAUUAAAAACUAGUUUUCAAUUAUACUCUUUGGACAUUUAAUACAUGUUCCAUUAAGUCCUUUCAAUACGACAUUGUCAAAUUGAAGCGACAGAAAAGGUACCGCAGUACCUGCCGACGUGAAAUAUUAAUUUAAUCAGUCGUAGUUUCAAAAUGUUGAAGUCUCGUUUCAAUCUAAAGAGGCCCGAUGAAGAUGAGGAGGAAGCUGCGGAUGCGGCCGAUGAGAAAGCCAAGCCUGGUAAACAAGCGUCCCAAGAAGGUGGAGGAGGAGGCGGCGGCCGAGGCCGAGGUCGUGGUGGACGAGGCGGCGGGGGAGGACGCGGCGGACGCGGUGGAGAAGACGGGUCCGAUGGCGGCGGUGGUGGUGGUCGUCGCCGUGGAGGCGGUGGCGGCGGCGGCGGCGGCGGCGGCGGUGGCGGCGGCGGCGGCGGCGGUGGGGCUGGCGGCGGUGGCCGCGGUGGCGGACGCGGCGGGAGGGGCGGGCGAGCUGGGAGGGGAGGUGGCGGCGCCGGCGGCGGCGGCGGUGGAAUGAACGAAGGCGAAGGCGGCGAGGGUUAUGACGGAAUUGAAGGCGAAAUGUAUGGGGAGUGGAUGGGAGAAUACUUUGAAGAAGAAACAGAAAAAGAACCAAUGAUCCUUUAUCCUGAAAGGGUGCUGAAACGUUCGGAAAUCAGCACCAAGUUGAGCUUGCUCGGGAAGACCGCUGACGGUGAUGGCUUCACCUACUUGAAAGCUACGUGUACAGGCAUGAGCCUGACCAACAUAACGGCGUUCAAGGCAUUCCACCACUUGCAAUUUGUGGACGUGUCAAACAACAAUCUAGACCUAAACGCCAUGCAGGUCCUCACAGAGCUGCCGUUCCUUGUCCUCAUUCACGCCGACGAAAAUGUCGCCAAAUCAGCUGCCUUCAAACGAAUGAAAUACCUCCAAGUACUCAUCAUGAACAGCAACUUGCUGACACACGUUCGCGAUGUGUACCAACCAGAAUUGUGCACUUUGGAAGUCGGCAAUAAUAAGAUCAAAGAGAUAGCUUUCAGCGAAAAGAUGCCCACAAUAAAGUGUCUGGAUUUCAAAAAUAAUUUGGUGCAAAAUAUACAAAACUUGGACUUCCCAAACUUGGAUAGUCUAUACUUAGCAGGGAAUCAGAUAAAGAGCUUAGAAGGGCUGGAAACCUUGCCUAAUUUGAGGCUACUUCAUGUGCGUCACAACCCCAUUAGAUUGUUGGAUGGUUUUGUUGAAGGACUGACGAAACUUCAGUAUAUUAAUUUGAGAAACUGUAAGGUUCCUACUUUGAGACAAGUGAAGAAGUUAAGGGUGUUGCCAGCCUUGGAAACUUUAGUGCUAAAAGGCACCCCGUAUAUGGGAGGAACUGGUGAAGAAAACGCUGAGGUCGGCAAUGAGGAGGAGGACAGUGAGAUCAGGAUCGAAGUGUUGGCAACCCUGCCACGGCUGAAGAGGCUCAACAAAGGAGUGGUCACUCCUGAAGAAAGGGCUGAAGCCAAGGAUCUGAUGAUGCAGUGGAUCGAGGAAGGCGAGAAGGACGAAGAAGAAGAAGUAGGAGAGGAGACACAACCAGACGAAGAAACCACUGCUUAUUAGAUUAUAUAGAAAGUUGACAUAGAAAUAUAAUUUAGAUAUUGUGAUUUACAUUUAAUGUAGCAUUUAAAUAAAAAUAUAAUUAGAAAUUAGUAAUUUAUUUUUGCAAUCCAGCUGAAUAAAUACAAAAAAUGCUAGCAUUAAUGUCUCCUCCCUGUGAGAACAAGACAAUUUUGAGAGUUCAUUUGUGGGUGAACUUUUCAUUUAAGUGUAGAUCCAUGUCAUCCAUGUGGCAAGCAUUGUGCACAAAAUUUUAGAGCGAUUGUGUAGUUCAUGUGUAAAGCGGAACUUUUUUAUGUCCCAUGAGGCAUUUGUCAUUUAUUACCUCUUAUAAUACAUACAGCUUGUGCUAUUUAUUGUGGAGUCUUGUGGAUAUUCGUAAAGUCUUAAAUAGAGUCGCCUCGCGAUCAGCACGUAAACUGACACAUUGAUGCAAAAUUUUAAAAUUAAGAUUGUACUACAUGGUGCCAUCUACACUCGAUUUAAGCUGUAUUUGUGGGGGCAUUCACGACGCGAAUCUAUUUAGGGCAGAAUAUGUUAAUAGUACAAUAUUAUUCAAAUUAGUAUAUUAGUCAAAACUUAUUUAUUUUUAAAAGCUUUUAUCUUAAUAUAUGUUUUUCUAGCCUUAAAUAAAAUAAUUU